AGUCUCGCGGUGCUGCCGGGCUCAGCCCCGUCUCCUCCUCUUGCUCCCUCGGCCGGGCGGCGGUGACUGUGCACCGACGUCGGCGCGGGCUGCACCGCCGCGUCCGCCCGCCGCCAGCAUGGCCACCACAGCCACCUGCACCCGCUUCACCGACGACUACCAGCUCUUCGAGGAGCUCGGCAAGGGUGCUUUCUCUGUGGUCCGCAGGUGUGUGAAGAAAACCUCUACGCAGGAGUAUGCAGCAAAAAUCAUCAAUACCAAGAAGUUGUCUGCCCGGGAUCACCAGAAACUAGAACGUGAGGCCCGGAUAUGCCGACUUUUAAAACAUCCAAACAUUGUGCGCCUCCAUGACAGUAUUUCUGAAGAAGGGUUUCACUACCUCGUGUUUGACCUUGUUACUGGCGGAGAGCUGUUUGAAGACAUCGUGGCCAGAGAAUACUACAGUGAAGCUGAUGCCAGCCACUGUAUACAUCAGAUUCUGGAGAGUGUUAACCACAUCCACCAGCAUGACAUUGUCCACCGAGACCUGAAGCCUGAGAACCUGCUACUUGCGAGUAAAUGCAAGGGUGCUGCAGUCAAGCUGGCUGAUUUUGGCCUAGCCAUCGAAGUACAGGGAGAGCAGCAGGCUUGGUUUGGUUUUGCUGGCACCCCAGGUUACUUGUCCCCUGAGGUCUUGAGGAAAGAUCCCUAUGGAAAACCUGUGGAUAUCUGGGCCUGCGGAGUCAUCCUAUAUAUUCUCCUGGUCGGAUAUCCUCCCUUCUGGGAUGAGGAUCAACACAAGCUGUAUCAGCAGAUCAAGGCUGGAGCCUAUGAUUUCCCAUCACCAGAGUGGGACACGGUGACCCCUGAAGCCAAGAACUUGAUCAACCAGAUGCUGACCAUAAACCCCGCAAAACGUAUCACAGCUGACCAGGCUCUCAAGCAUCCAUGGGUCUGCCAACGGUCCACAGUGGCAUCCAUGAUGCAUCGUCAGGAGACCGUGGAGUGCUUGCGCAAGUUCAAUGCCCGGAGAAAACUGAAGGGUGCCAUCCUCACGACCAUGCUUGUUUCCAGGAACUUUUCAGUUGGCAGGCAGAGCUCCGCCCCCGCCUCGCCUGCCGCGAGCGCCGCCGGCUUGGCCGGGCAAGCUGCCAAAAGCUUAUUGAACAAGAAGUCAGAUGGCGGCGUCAAGCACUUCCAGAACCCAGCUCAGGUACCACUAAGUGAAAGAGUCUUAAACUCUCUCGAGGCACACGCCCCUCAGAAACAGAAAAGGAAGUCGAGUUCCAGCGUGCACCUAAUGCCACAGAGCAACAACAAAAACAGUCUCGUAAGCCCAGCCCAAGAGCCCGCGCCCUUGCAGACGGCCAUGGAGCCACAAACCACCGUGGUACAUAACGCUACAGAUGGAAUCAAGGGCUCCACAGAGAGCUGCAACACCACCACAGAAGAUGAGGACCUCAAAGCUGCCCCGCUCCGCACUGGGAAUGGCAGCUCGGUGCCUGAAGGACGGAGCUCCCGGGACAGAACAGCCCCCUCUGCAGGCAUGCAGCCCCAGCCUUCUCUCUGCUCCUCAGCCAUGCGAAAACAGGAGAUCAUUAAGAUCACAGAACAACUGAUCGAGGCCAUUAACAAUGGAGAUUUUGAGGCCUACACGAAAAUUUGUGAUCCAGGCCUCACCUCCUUUGAGCCCGAAGCCCUUGGUAACCUCGUGGAGGGAAUGGAUUUCCAUAAGUUUUACUUUGAGAAUCUCUUAUCCAAGAACAGCAAGCCCAUUCAUACCACCAUCCUGAACCCACAUGUCCACGUGAUCGGAGAGGACGCAGCUUGCAUCGCCUAUAUCCGCCUCACCCAGUACAUCGAUGGCCAGGGCCGGCCUCGAACCAGCCAGUCGGAGGAGACCCGGGUCUGGCACCGCCGGGAUGGCAAGUGGCUCAAUGUCCACUAUCACUGUUCAGGGGCCCCUGCUGCACCGCUGCAGUGAGCUCAGCCACAGGGGCAUUAGGAGAUCCCAACUGGAGGUCGAACCUUUGCAGCCAGUGGCUCUGGAGGGCCUGAGCGACAGCGAGCGGCAGUCCUGUUCGUUUGAGGUUUAAAACAAUUAAAUUACAAAGCGGCAGCAGCCAAUGCACGCCCCUGCAUGCAGCCCUCCCGCCCGCCCUUCGUGUCUGUCUCUGCUGUACUGAGGUGUUUUUUACAUUUAAGGGGGAAAAAAAAGAAAAAAGAUUGUUUUAAAAAAAAAAAGGAAUCCAUACCAUGAUGCGUUUUAAAACCACCAAUAGCCCUUGGGCUGGCAAGAAGGCAGGAGUUUGUGCGAUGGCCAUCCUGGCAUGAGCAGCGGGGCACACUCACCAGCCCUGAAGAGGUGAGCCUGGCCUCAGGCCUCCAUGGACUUAGGAGACCAGGCAAGAACUCUGACAAAACUUUGGGGGCCGUGAUGUGAUUGCAGCCUCUGAGGUGGCCUGCCUGCCCCAGGUCUAGGAAUGGACUUCUUCAGAAUUUGCAUAGGCACCUAGAAUGAGGCUGAUGAGAACACCACAGCCAUCAGACCUACUUGGGAGAAUGCGCAGAGCUCCCAGCCUUCUGUGGAGGAAGCUGAGAAGCUGUGGCCUCAGGACUAAGGGCCCGGAUGUUGCUGUACUGUUUCACUUAGCAUAGAAGGGAAGAGAAUUGGUGCUGCAGAAGUGUGUCCGCUACGAAGCCGAUGAGAAGCCUCGUGUUAGUCUGACAUGUACUCACUUACUCAUCCAUUUCUAUAGGAUGCACAAUGCACGUGGGCCCUGAUAUUAAGGCCCAAUCCCUGCAGAGGGAAAGGGGGAGGGGUUGCACUUUGCUUCGUGUUUGUUUUCUUAUAACUUAGCAAGAGGAGAGCCAGACCCUGGUCAGGGCUCCCUUUGCCGCCUUUGGCAGUUCUGUUUCUGUGCUGAUUUGGACCAUCUUUGUCUUGCCUUUUCAUGGUGGUGGUCCCGUGCUGACCCUCAUCUGGGCCUGGGCCCUCUGCCAAGUGCCCCUGUGGGAUGGGAGGAGUGAGGCAGCGGGAUUGAGUUGAUGGUUGUCUCUAUGCAUUCAGGCUGCCCUGAUGGCUGUCUCCCUUCUUACUAUUCCCCUGCUGCACGUCCAUCUCUUCCUGUUUUUGAGAUUGACCCAACUGCUUUGGCAAGAAGAAGAGGUAUCCUCUUUAAGAGGUCUCUUUACUGACCAACUGAAGUAUAGACUUACUGCUGGACAAUCUGCAUGGGCAUCACCCCCACCACCACCACCUGCAUGUACCCAAAAGAGGUAUCCAGAGCCAAGACUCCUACUUACAUUCAUUGUCCCUCUCUGUGCUCAAGGAGUUCCAUUCCAGGAGGGAAAUAUCUAUACUCUAAGCAGAUAGCAGAGAAGAUAAUGGAGGAGCAAUUGGUCAUGACCUUGGUUUCCCCAAAACAACUGUGCAAACUUCUCUGCGCAAAUAUUUGCACUAUUGGGGGGGAAAGGUAGGUAGACUCCAGCUGCCUGGACUACCUUCAGGAGGCAAAGCUACAGGUUGACCUUGGAGCCAGCUGAGAAGAGAGCAAACUCACAGGUGCUGGUGCUUGGAUUUAGCCAGGCUCCUCCGAGCACCUCAUGCAUGCCCCAGCCCCUGGGCCCUGGCCCUUUCCUUUCCUGCAGCCUGCAGUACCAGCACGCAGACACCUUCACCACAGGGUUUGGUUUUGCUGGCUUGAAGACAAAUGGUCUUAGAGUUCAUUAAGACCCAUAGCUUCAUAUGGCUGCUCCAGCCCCACUUCUUAGCAUUCUUACUCCUCUUCUGGGGCUAAUGUCAGCAUCUAUAGUCAAUAGACUAUUAAAAAAAAAAAAAAAAAUCACCUUUUAAACAGGAAAUGGAAGGCAUUUGAUGCAGAAUUUUUGCAUGAUGACAUAGAAAUAAUUUAAAAAUAGUGUUUGUUCUGAAUGUUGGUAGACCCUUCAUAGCUUUGUUACAAUGAAACCUUGAACUGAAGAUAUUUAAUAAAAUAACCUUUAAACCGUC